AUGGACGUUUGCUGGACCGUUUUUUACUUUGUCUUCCUCGUCUGUGUCGGCUCCGUCAGCUCCUCCAUUUCAUAUCGACUGGUGAGUCGCUCGCUGAUCGAGGCGUGGCACAGCCUGCACGAAAACCGCAUCACCACCGUGAACAAGCUCAUUGAUCAGAGCAUGGACCGCGUCCAUGACAUGGCGGGCGGCCUUCUCACCCUCUACAUGAAGACCCAGUUCCUGAUGCAAUCGGAAAAAACGCUUUCGGUGCUGUGCGCGCUGCUGGAGAAAUACGACGAGGCGAGGAAUUACCGCGUCUUCUCCGUCAUCUCGCUGGAGCAGCUGGAGAUGAUAUCAUGUUGGCGCGGAAGCGCAGAGGCGGACGCUGGCGGGCAGUUGAUUGGGGCCAUCUCGCACAACCAUACAGUCAACGCCACCUACUACGUGAACCGCAGUAACUACAUGUUCAACCGCCCUCUGCAGGUGAGCGCGGUUAUCCCCGAAGAGAACGGCACCGUUGCUGCUCUUGUCGGCAGCUACGCUGCAAGUGAGCUGGUCGAGUACACACAGGCAUACUACAAGGGCAGCAUUGACACAGUCGACAUCCGGCUAAGGUGGCUACAACCGUCUUCGCAUCCGCACCUCAUCUACUACAACUAUCCUGCCGGGCUAAUCUACCGUAGCCUCAAACUCCCAACGAACGUCAGUAUCACCGAUUGCACGCAGGUGCACAUCGAUGGCGCGCGGCUCGCCCUCAACACCAUCGGCGAAGCCAAGCUCGGUUUCCUCUUGGCCGUCUUUAUCAACCAAAGCCUCGCAGACGCCGACCCGCUUAUCAUGUCCAACAACUGGGGCCAGCAGACAGUGCACGACCAUAUUAUUUUGCCUUCCAGUGAGCAUGCACCCACGACCUACCUCAAGUCCAGCAACGUCAGCCACCCACUCAUGCGCGAGGCGCUCAAGCACGUCGACCUCUCGCGCAUGCAAGACCCCGGUUACAAGCACAGCGUCGAUUUUCGCUACAAGGGCGCACGCGCCGUCAUCACCGUGUGGGCCUACACAUCAUGCCACGGUCUGACGCUGCCACUGGUGUACGUCAACUCCCAGAAUAUUGUCACUGGUCCCUACCUGCGGCUGCACGAUACCCUCAACGGCGUCCUCGCCGCCGUCAUGGUGCUCGUCAGCUUGGUCUUUUGGCUGUUCGUGCAGCUGUACUUUGCGGCGCCGCUGCGCGAGAUCACGCGGCUGCUGGACUGCAGCGUUCAGCGAGGUGCGCGUGCACUAUAUCGCGCCGGGAAGCACGGCAUUGGUGCGUUGGUGGAGGUGCGUGCGCUGGGCAACGCACACAACGCUGCCAUGCGCCAGUUGCGCGAAGUCGAUGCCUUCGUCCCCGUAGCCGUGCGCGAGGAGUUGCCCCGCGGCACCCUGCCUGUGCCCCUCACUGUGCCCAUCGAAACAACACUAACCGGCCUCAAUGUCGUCAUGGGGUCGCCCGAGCAGAGAGCCGGGCACCUCGCGCGCCACCUCUCCACCGUCGUCUACAUCACUGUGCGACCGCCACAGCCACCGUCAGUGGCGUCGCACGGCUCUAGCAGGACACCAGCACCUUUAUCCACGCAGCCAGCCGGGCACGACGCCGCCGCUAUAACGCCACGCCGCAAGCAGCGCCUGUCAGCCAUGGUGCAGCGUGCGGUGCACACAGUCAACGCAAUCAGCAGCGGUCCCUUCGCCACGCCGGCGGCCCUUGACUCCUUCGCCAACGUUGUGCAUGAGCUCGCGCACACACACCGCGGCACCGUGCUCCGUCUGCUCCCCGACACCUGCAUCCUGCACUUCCACGCAGCCGUGCGCGCGCAACUCCUGCCGCGGCAGGAGAAGCAACUGGUCAACGCAGCAGAUGCGGACGUGGCCACGGAGGAGCUCGCGCAGCAGGAUGCACGCAACGCGGCUGCAUUCGCGCUGGCUUUGCUGAGCUGGGUAGACGAGCAGCAGACGGCGGAAGGGCGGUUGGAGUCGCCGCGCAUGCCGGACGUGCGCGCGCUGCUGGACACGAGUCUGUUUACUUGUGGGCAGUACCGCCCCGCCAACAGCGAGCAGACCAUGACGGUGGCACUGGGCCGCGAUGUGCUGCGCGACGCCGGCAACGUGGCGGAACGCGUCGGCGUGCGCGUGGCCAUGACCGAGGAGACCGCCGCGCGCGUGCUCCGUGGUGGCCGUGGCGGCAGCGGCGAUAGCGGCACGGCGGCGGUGAGUGCAAUACCGGUGGAGGCGCUGUGCACCGGCCGCUCAGAGCACGACGCGGACGUAUUGGUGCUGUACGAGGCGCUUUACAGUCGCGUCGCCAGUGACGCCACCCUGCAGCUGUACGCGCGCUGCUGCUUCGACGGCUUCGCGCGCAUGCGGCAGGGCGACUACGCAGGCGCGCUCAUCGCCUUCUGCGGUGUCGCCGCGAUUGCAGACCUGGAGCCCGGACUGCUACCGCCAUGCCUGCGCCGCGAGGUCGCAGCUAGCGACGCCACCGGAGGCGCCGUGUCGGUGCAGGUGGCACGACUCAUGCGCGAAUGCGAGCGCUGCGUGCGUGCAGGCGUCGCCGACGGCUUUCAGCGCGUGCCGCGGCGGCCACCGGGAAUGGACGCCGUGCCGCGAGAUGACAUCACGCCCCUCAGCACCGCGGCUCCGGUGCCGCCGGUGAGCGCCGCUCGCAGCGGCGUCCCCGCAGCAAGCGCCAAACCGCAAAGAAUGGCGAGUAGCUUCACGGCGCCGCCAUGGUACCCAGAGGUGGGCGACCGACACGUGAUGCUGCUGAGCAACGGUGCUGUUACCACGCGUGUGGUGGUGCCGACGCCGCCAGCCUGGGUGCGCGACAACCACGGAAUGCACUGGCAACUGGCGUGCAGGAAAAGUGACGGUACCCCACCAGGGCUGUGGACUUGCCGCAUCCUCGCGCUAGGCUCCGCCGGCGCCAUCGCUUCCGUCAACUACAUCAUGUACCGCGAGGUGCACCCGGUGGUAGCCAAGGCCAUCCGCGAUGCACCUCCGGGCCCCAUCAGCGAUGCGCUGCGCUGCGCUACACCCGUGUGCGGGCCCACAGCACAGCAGGACGCCGCCAUCAAGCGCUUGAUUGCGAGGCAUCAAGAGCUGCGGCACCCCAACAUUCUUGCACCGCUGGCGUUCUCACAGUCGGUGGAGGGUGGCGUGGUGCUGAUCUGGGAAUUUUGCCCUGGUGGGACGCUUCGGCAGCUGCUGGCUCGCUAUCCGCAGGUCAAGUCCAUCACCUUCGCAUGUUUUGGGCUGCAGAUGCUGUCUGCCCUCUCCCACCUCCACGAGCGUGGAGUGGCGCACGGUAGGCUGAACCUGGACAACGUCAUGGUGGAUUCGAACGGUCACUGCCGGUUAGUCGGGCAGUUUGCGGAUCAUGCACUGGAGCGGGAGAUCUUCCACUUCAAGCCGUCGUGCUACCUGAGCCCCGCCAUGGCCGCUGGUGCCCUCCCUACGCCGUCGUGCGACAUGUUCUGCUACGGGCUGCUGGCGAUGGAGGCAGUGACGCAGCAGCCGUGUUGGAGAUGGGCCACAGCAGCGGAGUACAGAGGGCACCGUGACUCGAAGCCACCGUCGGCGAAGGAGCUGGCAGACCUGAUGGCGACGGGUGGGCAGAGGUUUGCGGAUGCGGUGGUGCAGGGUCGCGUUGUACUCAACCUGGAACAACUGGAUGCCGGCCCAAUCACGGAGCACCAUAACGACAUCAUGAUAAGUGUGUGUCGACGGCUGCUGUCUCUGGAUCCGGCAUCGCGGCCGACGGCGGCGCAGCUUCGGGAGGAGAACAAGACUGUCCUCAAUCUCCUGGGGAUCACCAUGGAAGAAGACACGCGUUAG